AUGAAUAUUUUAGGAGACAUUCAAGUUGAAUGUGCAAACAUGAUAAGGAAUCUUGAAGUUAUCAAGCAACACUUGAGAAGCCACUUAAUUGAGAGGCCAAUGGCUUUUGUUUUAUUUCGAAACAUGAAUAAUGACUCUUUGUUCUUGAGACUUAUCACAGCUUUUCAUGUCUUUCUCUUCCAUCAAGCUUCUAGACAAGUUUUUACUAAAUUUAUUGACAUUAAUACUGAUUUCGACACGUUUAAUUGA